AUGCUUCCCACUCUCUUCCUCCUCCUCCCCCUCACUCUUGCCCUCGACCCCUGGGACAUCCCCUCCCUCCCCCACCACGUCCGUUCCCUCUACCUCGCAACAGAACGCUUCCCCUCCCCCUACGCCAAACGUCAAACCCCAGACUGCAUCCCCGCCGCCCCAGCGAACACCGUCACAGACCGGCUUCAAGCCGCGCUCCAGAAACCUGGGGACACACUCGCUCUUUGCCCAGGGCAGGAGUACCUCAUUCUCCAGCCUAUAAACUUCACUGCGAGCGAUCAGGAGAUAUACACGCUCGGGUACCCGACGGACGACAGCAGAGCGUGCUUGACCGUUAAUGGAGUCGUGGCUAACGGGACGGGGCAUACGACGGCUAUUAACGCCCAGUGUGUAGGGUGUGACAGGGCGAUAGUGCGUAAUAUCCAGGUAAACGGCACGCGACAUGGGGCUAUCCCCACUUCUGGCGGAGCGAACCUGGAGAUGGGUGGGCCCACCUCCGGCCAGCUGGUGGAAUACGUGCACUCGUUCGACCCGCGUUCCUGGUCCUGCCUACACAUAGCCGAAGGACCCUUCACAUGCAACAACGCGAGCAUAAUCAACAACGAUAUCGGUCCGUGCGGGUCAGACCUCUUCAUGCAAUGGGCGGACGGGAUCAGCCUGAGCUGCAGGAACUCACACGUCGCGGGGAACUUUAUUGACAACCCUACUGAUGGCGGGAUCGUCGUUUUCGGUUCUCCGGGCAGUUUGGUCGAGAAUAACACUAUUUGGGUCACGAAUAACACGUUGCUCGGAGGGCUCAAUAUGGUGGAUUAUUUGCCCUGGGACGGGGAUUUUACGGGCACGGUGGUGCAGAACAACCUUGUUGUUGGAGGCCUGGCUACGGAGGGGAACGAACAGACUGCGACGAAGGGGGACAAUGACGAGGACGUGAUCGUCAAGAUUGGACUUGCUGUGGGGCCAAGAACGUGGUUUGGAGACCAUUUUAGAAACAACGUGAGCCGGAACGGGGUCGCGAGGAAUAACAUCUUCUCCGGUGCUUUCGGGUACGGGAUAGCCGUCUCCUCCGCAGAGAACUUCACGAUCAUCGGCAACUCCCUCUCCGGUAACACAUCCUUCAUCGGUUCCCGCGGCCCCAACUGCUCAGCCGACCAAAUCCUCCCAGCACCAGAAGCAUUCGUCUGGAACAUCACUACAACGCUCGACUCGACCCUGCAACCGGGUUUCGCAGACCUGGACGUGGACUCCCUGACUUGUAUUCAGCCUGUGGACGGGGCGUUCUGGCCCUUCGGGGGUGAACCGGUCCAGGGAACUGAUCAGGCUGGAGUGCCUAAUGCUGAGGAACGGAAUUCUACCACCUCUGGCUCUGGCUCUGCCUCGAGCGCGGGGGCUUCGGCAGGUUCUACGGCUGCGGUUGUUGCAGGCAGAGGAGGGCUCAGUUCGGGGGCGAUCGCAGCGCUAGUUAUCGGGAUCCUAACCCUUGUCCUAAUACUGGUGAUCGCUUUCUUCUGCGUGAGGAGAGCGAGAGCGGGGAAGAAGAAUGGGGACGGGGAGUAUUUUGCGGAUAUGGGGGCGGUUGGCUUGCCAGGGGAUGGGGGGAUGGGGAUGAAGCAGAGACUGAGCUGGUAGGGGUAGGGGUAUACUCAGGGGCAGGGGCAGGGGCAGGGGUAUGGCAGUAUGGGCUCAUGAGCGGGAGUCUUGUUGCCAUCCGCCG